AUGGUGGCCACGCCACGGAGCCCACAGUGGCUCCACGCGCAUCUCCAUCGCAAACAGACGCCAGUGGUCAAGGAACACGACCACUACAAGCGACCCCAGCAGCGCUUCGGCCUCAGCAGCUUCCAGCAGCACGAGCACCGGCAGCACCCGCUACUGCUUCUCCUGCACGAUCCGUUGAGCAUGUACGAAGCAACAACAGAAGCAGACCAAGCAGCUCCAAGUCAUCUGUACCAGUUGCUAUUGCGGCCAAUCGUGAAGGCGACCAUCGCCCAACGCGAUACGUCGGCCGAGACUCUCGACAACGGCGGAUCGUUCGACGAGAUCCUGCAGAAGAUCUGGAUCUUGUUCAGCGGCCAUGUCAAGUGCAGAGCGGUGCGGACGGACGGCGAGUUGUCUGUCGAGACCCUCAAGGUGGGCGAGUGGGACCGUGUCAUGCAGUUCAGGGCCAAAAAGAAGCUCAAGAUCGAAAUGAAUUCGUCGCAGCCUGCAUACAGCCUGAGGAGACCGACCGUGCGGGCGCAACCGCUGAGACCUCGUUGCGAGAGGUUGUGGAGAGACUUCGAGAGCACUGGGGAGGCUACAUUCGAAGGUGAAGGUGUUGUUUGGCGUCUGUGGGCCAACCAGCUCACGCGGAAUCUCAACAGGUCAACGUGGGACGCCGCUAUUCAACAACCACCACCAGAGUAUAUCGCGAAUUUGCUUCGACUCGUGGAUACACAGAUGGAGCAACACGUGGCCGAAGUUACUCGAACGGCAAAUGUGGCGCUAGAUGUUGUGCGCAAGAGUGUUAUCAUGGGGUUUCUGCGCGACAUCACCCCUCCUGCUCGCGACGAAGUGAUCGACCCUCUCCUUCAAAUGGAGAACGUCGAAGACACAGAGCACGCCGAGUGA